AUGGGGUCCCUUUCAGUAUCUACCCACAGAGGACUUGCCCACUGGCAAGGGCUCAUGUUGGCCGGCUUACUCUUAACCAUCUGGAGCCUGCCCACCACAGAACAACUCAAUAUUGUGUCGACCUUUAGUGCCAAAGGGGAGGAUGUAGUUCUGCAUAUCUCCAGUAAGCCUCAGGAGGCUGUAGCUUUUGUUUGGUACAAGGGGGAAGGUGUGGAUAGGAAUAAUGUAAUCGCAUUUUUUAUUCCGACAUCAAGUUUCUAUUUAAGUGGUCCUCAAAAUAACAAACGGCAGAUAAUAACUGAAGAUGGAUCCUUGCUGUUGAAGCAGGUCACCAUGAUGGACGCAGGAAUGUACACCAUAGUGGCCCACUUUCCAGAUUCAGAAACAGAAAUAGGAUUUGGGCAACUUGAUGUAUAUGAGCCUCUGAAAGUGCCUGUCCUCCUAGUUAGCAGCUAUGAACUCAGAGAGAAUGAAGAUGAUGUUGUAUUGACCUGCUACACAAACGCACCCAUUGUCCAGUGGCUGUUCAAUGACAGAAAAACCUGCAUCAGAACAAACUGUGUGGUGAAUGUCAGUCGCUCUUCACUUCAGUAUCAAAUCAGGACAAAGCAAAUUGCAGAAGCCCUGUUGAAGGAUCAAGAACAUUCCUCUUCAUUGGACAUGACAUUUGAACGAUGA